UAAGCAACAACCAUAAACAAAGGCUUGGUGGCUUGCUUAGUGCUGACAGAACAGGCUGAUGAAACUGAAAAGAUGAGGCAAACAUGUAAUAGUGAUGGUGGAGUGGGUUCCACUGAAAAUGUUCAAGCCCGGGGAAUAACUCUUCUCUCUAUAUUCGUCGACACUCCAACUGCAGAACCGAAUCCUGAAACCAAGCUAUUGGCUGACUUCAAGACAGACACUCAUCUCAGCAAAGUGUACUUGGCGGGAAGAGAGUAUCUCAACAAGGAAGGUCAGACCUCUGUGAGCCCGCUCGUUGGGAAAAUAAUGCAACAGAUCUGCACAGACCCCACUCUCUGUCCAGAGUAUCCAUCAUCCUUUGGCCUUCCAGAAUUCACCAGGAGAGCAACAGAAUUGGUUUUGGGCAGGGACUGCCAUGCCAUCGUGGAGAACAGGGUGUUGGGUGUGCAGACUGUGGGCUGUACUGGGGCUGUCCGUCUGGGGGCUGAGCUCUUGAAGCACUGGUACAAUGUGAGCGGUGUCUGGUGUGGGCCAGUCUAUCUCUCCUCCCCCUGUGAUGACUCCUUGGCUGGUAUCUUUGAGGCAGCAGGGAUCCAGGAUGUCCGUCGGUAUCGGUAUUGGGAUACAGAGCAGAGGGGUGUGGGUGUGCAAAAAAUGAUGGAGGAUCUGGAGAUGGCUCCAGAGCAGAGUGUCAUUGUUCUGUCUGCUUCUGCUCACUGCCCUACUGGUUCAGACCUCUCCCAGAAGCACUGGAGACUCCUCACACAGCUUAUGGUGAGGUGUAGGUUUUUCCCUUUCUUCCUGCUGCCUGCACAGGGCCUAUGCCAUGGGGAUGUUCAACAAGACGCCUGGCCAGUGCGUCUGUGUGCCUCUCUGGGGAUGGAGCUUCUGUGUGCCCAGUCCUUCUCCCACAGCUUUGGGCUUUACGGCGAGCGAGUUGGACACCUCUUAUGUGUCCUAAAGCAGAGCUCCACACUGCUAGCUGUUCAGUCCCAGGCCGAGAAGCAGGUCAGGGCUUUGUGGUCCCGGCCAUCUGUCAGAGGAGCUCGUGUGGUUGCCACGGUGCUCAGUAACCCUGCCCACCAUGUGGAGUGGCAGGAAGGAGUGAAGAGUAUGGUGGAGAGGGGCAUACUGGUCAGAGAGAGGUUGAGAGAGAAGCUAAGGCUUCUUGGAUGUCCUGGCAGCUGGGAUCACCUGAUCCAGCAAGGUGGACUGUACUGUUGCACGGGGCUGAAUGUCCAACAAGUGGAAUUCCUGGAAAAGAGGAGACAUAUCUACCUGCAUCCCAAUGGCUGUCUGAAUUUUAAGGUCAGACACUUUCUUUUUCACAUCAGCCACAGUUCUGUCUUGCUGCCCCACCUGGUUCACUGCAGCGGCGACACACUCCCAAGCUAGCUGUUUGGCUUUGUUUGUCAACCCACCGAAUAAUACGUGUUUCCUGUCUUCGAUCUCCUCUACCAUCGCUGUGAUCUCGUCUUUCAAAAGGUUUGCUUUUCUAUUUUGGUCCAUGGCUAUUCCUGACUAAACCCUCAUUUGUGCUAGCAUUCUAUAAGGGGAAAUCGUUGAUUGUAAGGCACGUUCAGGUGCCGUCAAUUUUAAGUUAAUUUUAGAUUUAUAGAUCACAGGUGCGUGUAUUACAAAAUGGGAUUCUUAGAACCUGUGUAAGCAAGGUUUUUUAUGCCCAGAAUCUUUUAUGAAUCUAAUGUAAGCACACCAUCGGAAAUUAUCUUACGACUAAGUUCAAGUAUAAAUGAGGCCCCUGGUGACAGCCUCCAUAAAAUCCUUAUUCAGCUUGACUAAAUCAUGUGAAGGAAGCAUCUUUAUGUCACAUACAAUACCAAACGAAUUAGGGCUGAAUUCAUAGGGAAAAUUGCUGUUAGUUAUCAUUUAUUUAAACAAAUUAACAAUUGACUUUAGUAUGUAGAGUGUAACAUCCAAGCGUUAAAUUAGAGGUAGGGAUUAAGGAAUAUGAACUACGGCAUAUGGUAUUUUGAACCUACAUAGCUGGAAAUAUUGUAGGCAUAUAGUUGUGCUGUGGUAGUCCAGUAAGGAGCACUCUUUCCUCUGGUACAAGUAGAUCCUAAUGCCCUAGUUGGGUAAAAGGGUUCUUGUGUAGUCAAGACAAGGGUCCAUCUUUUGGAGAGAUGUUAAACAGAGAUCCUGACCUUAUAGAGACAACUAUUGUGACACUUACAAUAUGGGAGUAAUAGAGAGAUUGUCGUAGCCACGUUCCCAGUCGGAUUCUAGUAGGCCUAUCAGUCUGCCAUUUAAUAAUCUUUGAAUUCUUCAUCCUCUUCACUGCAAUGACUGUUGUUUGUGCUCACAGAACACUCACAGAACACUGCCCAAUUGGAUAGUUUCACCCUUUUGUAAUUUUUAACAUGUUAUUUUAACUCUAGUGAUAACGUAACCAUGAAAUGAUUAAGGUCAACCUUUUUAGUUUUUUAUUGACCAAUUUAUUUUAUACUGUAACCUAUUGUUUGUGGCACAUUGAAAGAUAUUAUUUUGAAUGCAUACAGGUAGUUCCAUGGUAGAAGGUCAAAUAAAUGUGCAGUGACAAAUAAUUAAAAACCUUCUUAAAACUUUUAAAAUUAAGUGUACUAUACCAAUUUUCAUAAUAAGAUGGUGCUCAUGUCAUUAGGAAAUACAUCCAUGUUGUUUACCUGAAUAUUGAUUGUUUGAUUACAACCUCUGUUUGUUGUAACGGAUACACAUUGCAUUGGAGCAAAAACCAUCUACGUUUUGUGUGAUGAUGUAAGCUAGUCUUUGUAGUUGCUGUCAUAUCGUAGCCACUAGCCAGAGUUGUUGAAAAAGAACACUACUACUCUGACUGCUUGUCUACCUCCUGCUUAGCCAUUGUUUGCAAUGAUGAUUAAAAAAAUAA